AAUUCUGCGGACAUUGAUGACGCAGAAUACUUUUUGUAUCAAACUGCGUUAAAAGACGUUUCUUCGAAGCAACAGUAAGGAUACAGCCUAAAACAUGAAUUGGAGCAAGGGUGGGCCGAGUGGUAAGCGUGGAUUCGGGUUUGGAGGAUUCUCACUUGGAGGAGGAGGAGGAGGGGGUGGUGGAGGAGGACCAGCAAAGAAGGAAGAGCCUCGUUUGCCCCAAAAGUCCCACACAUCGUUUGGAGCGACUGCAUCAGCAGCAGGCUAUGGAAAGAACCAGCAGCUCCCAGCAUUCUACAAAAUAGGAACAAAAAGAGCAAACUUUGACGAAGAGAAUGCGUAUUUCGAAGAUGAUGAAGAGGAGUCCAGCAGUACAGACUUGCCCUACAUCCCAGCUGAGAACUCACCCACACGCCAGCAGCUCCCGUCAGGGGGCGGUUCAGACAGUGAAGAUGACCCCUUGGACGCCUUCAUGGCGGAAGUUGAGGACCAAGCGGCUAAGGACAUGAGGAAACUGGAAGAGAAGGAGAAGGAGAAGGAGAAGAAAACUGCAAAGGGUAUUCGUGAUGACAUUGAAGAGGAAGAUGAACAAGAAGCCUACUUCAGGUACAUGGCGGAGAACCCCACAGCUGGGCUGACCCUGGAGGACGAGGACGAGAACGUGGAUUAUGAUAGCGAUGGGAACCCCAUUGCACCUACUACCAAAAAGAUCAUCAUGCCCUUGCCCCCCAUUGACCACUCAGAGAUCGAUUAUCCUCCCUUUGAGAAGAACUUCUACAACGAGCAUGAGGAACUUCACAGCCUAACACCUACCCAGGUCAUAGAGUUGAGGCACAAACUAAAUUUGCGGGUGUCAGGUGCUGCCCCUCCUAAACCCUCCACCAGCUUUGCCCAUUUUGGCUUUGACGAGCAACUAAUGCACCAGAUCCGCAAGUCUGAGUACACACAACCAACCCCUAUCCAGUGCCAGGGAGUGCCAAUAGCCCUGGGUGGUCGUGACAUGAUCGGUAUCGCCAAGACCGGCAGCGGGAAAACGGCAGCGUUUAUCUGGCCCAUGCUAGUCCACAUCAUGGACCAGAAAGAGCUGGACACCGGAGAAGGGCCCAUCGCAAUCAUAGUGUGCCCCACCAGGGAACUCUGUCAGCAGAUCCAUGCAGAGUGCAAGCGCUUCGGUAAAGCCUACUCUCUGCGCUCUGUGGCGGUCUAUGGAGGAGGCAGCAUGUGGGAACAAGCCAAAGCGCUGCAGGAGGGGGCGGAGAUUGUGGUGUGCACCCCGGGCCGUCUGAUUGACCAUGUGAAGAAGAAGGCCACGUCUCUGCAGAGAGUCACAUACCUGGUGUUUGACGAGGCGGAUCGCAUGUUUGACAUGGGCUUCGAAUACCAAGUGAGGUCCGUCGCCAGUCAUGUCCGCCCUGACAGACAGACCCUUCUGUUCAGCGCUACCUUCCGUAAAAAGAUCGAGAGGCUAGCCCGAGACAUCCUGGUGGACCCCAUCCGGGUGGUGCAGGGAGACAUCGGAGAGGCCAACGAGGAUGUGACCCAGCUGGUGGAAGUGCUGCCCAGCGGGGUGGAGAAGUGGGGCUGGCUCACCCGCCGCCUGGUGGAGUUCACCUCCUCCGGCUCAGUGCUCAUCUUUGUCACCAAGAAGGCCAACUGUGACGAGCUGGCCACCAACCUGACCCAGGAGGGCCACAGCCUGGGGCUGCUGCACGGAGACAUGGACCAGAGCGAGAGGAACAAGGUGAUCGCCGACUUCAAGAAGAAGAACCUGCCCGUGCUGGUGGCCACUGACGUUGCAGCUCGUGGUCUGGACAUCCCUUCAAUCCGCACCGUCGUGAAUUACGAUGUGGCCCGAGACAUCGACACACACACUCACAGGAUUGGCCGAACAGGUCGUGCGGGUGAAAAGGGUGUGGCCCACACCCUCCUGACCAAUAAAGACACGUCUUUUGCUGGUGACCUUGUGCGGAACCUGGAGGGAGCCAAUCAAUGUGUAUCCAAAGAGCUCAUGGACUUAGCAAUGCAGAAUCCCUGGUUCAGGAAAUCCCGCUUCAAGGGUGGUAAAGGAAAGAAGGUGAACAUAGGAGGUGGUGGUCUUGGUUACAGGGAGAGGCCAGGCCUUGGAGCUGAAAGUUCUGAUCGUAGUGGAGGGUCUUCUUCAAGUAGCUAUGAAGGUUACAGUAAACCCACUACUGGGGCCAUGGGAGACAGAAUGUCAGCCAUGAAGCAAGCCUUCCAGUCACAGUACAAGAACCACUUUGUAGCAGCGUCAGGCGUUCCGCCUAAGCUCACCACCAAGUCUAGCAGCUCCUCAGGCUGGACCAGUGCCGGCAGUCUCAGCUCCGUGCCCACAGAGGCUGCCGAGGCCCCAGACAGGUUCAGGGCCUCCAUGGCCCCUCCUCCAGCCCUCAGUAUGGGCACCAAGAUGGCCGGAUUCACCAGUGCUGGUUCCCUCAGCUCUGUGCCAGAGAGCCACAAUAGCGCACCUCAGAGCUACCCUGCCCCGCCCUCCCCGAGGGACGGGCCCCGCGACAGGUAUGGGGAAGACAGGGGUCGCCACGGAGAGGGGCACCACCGGUACAGCGACAGGAGCGAGCGCCACGUAGGCGGAGAACGGGACCGUCACGGGGACCGGCACGCCGAACGCGACCGAUACGGGGACGCGGAGCGCCACGGCAGCAGUGGUCGCCACGGUGACAGUCGUAAUGGAGAUGGAAACAGGAGAGAGAGAGAUGAUUGGAGAAGUGACAGGGAGGGGGGAGACCGGGAGGGGGGAGACAGGGAGGGGGGAGACAGGGGAGGUGAGGGGAGAGGGAACAGGGAGGAAGACAGCUUUGCCGUCCCAGAUCCGCCCAAACGUAAAAAAAGCAGGUGGGACAACUAAAACCCACCCAGUAAGAAAGCAUCUGGAACCAGCCAACUGUUCUUGAGCAUGCCUAGUGUGUAGACAAACAGCUGGUCAUAUCAGAAGAGUCGGAAACAAGCACAGAGGUUCAGGGGGAGUUUUACUUUAACCCGUUAUAUGGAUCGAGUAUGAAGGGAAAUGUGGACACUUUCUAUUGGUUGGGUACUCUGUCAAACUUCCCACAACAGUCCUCUUAUCUUGAACUGAACUUUUUGAUUUGGGAGUCCCACCUGGUAUCAGCCAUACGUCUGGAUUUGUGAAGCUGGCCUCAGAUUGAGCCAGUUGAAGCAAGAAGUGGAGCAGUGUCUCCAUUUUUAUCCCAGUAAACGCUCAAGGCUGAAGUGUGUGUUGUUGUCUUGUUUAUGUCCUACUGCUCACUGAACAGCCAGUUGCUGCUCAGGUCAACUCCACAACCAUUUUAUUUUAUAUAUGUAUAUGUAUACCCUUACAACAUGUGUUGGUAAAGGUAAUAUCAGCCCACGUUGCUAAUUUGUUCAACUUUUUGUUUUCAAGAUGUGAACUACUGCAAAUUACAUUUGUCAACGUGUUUAACAUCUUGUGCUCAAGUUUAGCGGAGUGCCUUUCAGUGGCACUUAGGUGUUUUAUAUGCUUAUGGCCUUGGUGUCAACAAAACGUAUUUGUUAACGUGUGUGAGGAAAGUUCUUGCGGAAGUUAUUAUAAAAAAUAGCUUGAGCAGGACUCAGUCUGUCAUCCAUUUUUUUCAUCCCGGAGAUCCCAAUCCGUUGCGUAGACUUCAUAACCUACUUCAAAUGACUUACAGUGAUCUGUAACACUUUUCAUCUGUAUUCUGUGUUUCACGUGUAUGUUGUUGUCAUCUCACUUCCUCGUAAUAAACGUUUUCAGACUUGG